AUGAGAACCUUAUCUACGUGGAUGCAAUCUCACGGUCAUGCUCUGAACGAUUUGACCUAUGCACUUCCUAUUCUUGUUCUUAUGCACUUGGAUGUCAUUUCGAUGUAUGUUAGUGCAUCUGGUGGAGCUUGCCAGAUGCAUUGCAGUUUUUAUGCUGGUUAUACAUGUGGCGGAUUUUACAUUAAGCUCACGAAACUUCCGCACCGUGAAUGGACAAACUUAAAUUGGUUCCGGCAAGUUUUGAGUGGAAUUACCCGCGAGGAAUCGUUGAAUAGAUAUUCUAAAUGUUUCACCGAUUACUGCGAGGAGUUGGUUGGAGUUGAUCGUCAGUCGAUCAAGAAUGAUGAUGUCACAGAGAUGGCUGUGCUGAAGUCUCCGUCCAGUUCCAACUUGCGCUGCAUCAACGUAUUGCGUCAAGACAGUUUUCGUAUGGAUCGCGUUGUUUCCUUCUCAAAUAGUCCUGUGAAUUUUUCAUUCAAAUUUUUGUUACAGACGUCAAACUGUUCAUAA